AUGAUGAAGAAAAAUAAUAAGAAUUCCUCUCAGGGACAAUCAGAAACGUUGUUUCUUAUAAAAAAGCAAUUUUUCAAAACUAAAAUGUGUCCUUUUCAGAAGAAUAAAAAUUAUUGUCUAAAUGAAUCGAGUUGUCAUUAUGCACACAGUAUAGAAGAAUUAAAGCCAAUGCCAGAUUUGAGGAAUACCAAACUUUGUGAUUUUGUAAAAAAAAAGAUACCUUGUCGAGAUAUAAAUUGUACGUUUGCUCAUGAUAUUGAUACGUUAAAACCUAGUGUUCAUUUGGCUACCUACAAAUCAACCAUAUGCAGCUUUUGGGGAAAAGGAAAGUGUUUCAAUGGUAAUAAAUGUAGAUUUGCCCACGGUAAUGAAGAUAUAAAAAUGAAUGAUAUAAAAAUGAACGAUAUAAAAAUGAACGAUAUAAAAAUGAAUGAUGUAAAAUUAAAUGACGAUGCAAUAUUUAAUGACCACAUAAAAUUUAAUGACCGCAUAAAAUUUGAUGAUCACAUAAAAUUUGAUGAUCAUAUAAAAUUUGAUGACCAGAUAAAAUUUAAUGACCACAUAAAAUUUGAUGACCACAUAAAAUUUGAUGACCACAUAAAAUUUGAUGAUCACAUAGAAUUGUUAGACGAUAUUAAAUAUAACAAGAACAAUAUAUAUAAGAACAAAUGUAAAGAUAAUAACUACGAUAUAAAACAAGAAGGUACAGCAUCCACAUAUUCAUUUAACACAUGUGAUAAUUCUAUAAAUUGUUCUUUAGAAACAGCGAAUGUAUCUUCUUUUGAUAAAAGUAGAGAAAUUUUGGUUUUAAGGAAGAAAAACGUAAAUCAGGAAAAUUGUAUUGAUGAUGAUGAUAAUAAUAAUGAACAUGAUAACAAGAUUGGAAAAAUUAAUGAAGAUGAAUAUUUAAAAAAAAAUGAGAGAGAAUAUAACAAUGAAAUAAUAAAUAAUAAGAAAAUUAUUCGAAAGGAUAUUUAUGAGAACAAUUAUUAUGAUAAUAAUUUUUAUUAUGAUGAUCAAGAAAAGAUUGAUAAUAUAAUAUGGAAUGGAAAAGGAAAUAUGGAGAAGAUGGAUUAUAUAGAUAAUAAAGUAAAAGUUUCAGAGGACACAGGAUCUACUAGAACAAAACAUAUUCAUAAUGAAUUCUUAUUGAAUAAUAGUUUUGAUAAUUCAAUUGAACAUGUAGAAAAUAUAGAAAAUGUUUGUAUUAAUGAUGCUAUUAAUAAUCUUGGUAAUAUUGCUUUAUCUACCUUUAUAGAAAAUAAUGAGAAAUAUACAAAAGUUAUAAAAUAUUUAUUAAACGAAAAUAAUAUGCUCAAAGAAUCUAUCAAAAAGGAACACAAAAAUAAUAUUUUAUUAGAACAUGAUAAAGAAAUACGACAUAUCAAGCUAGAUACUAAUAAUUCGACAUAUAAAAAUAAUGUGAUCAAAGAAAAUAACAACUAUUGUAAUAAUAUUUGUGUUCAUGAUGUAACAAAUUAUAUGUUCCCGGAAGAUAAUUUUGAAAAAUUGUUAUAUUCUAAUGAUAAGAAAAUGUAUUCAAAUAAUAACAUAAAUAUAUUUGAUGAUACAAAUAAAAUGGAUGAAAAUUUUUAUAGCAUAAUUAAAACGAUAGAUGAUAUUUUAAUUUCACAAAAUGUAGCUUCCUACAGAAAUAUAAAUGAUACCAACAAAAUUAAUAAUGUCGAUGAUAAUAAAAUUGACGAUGAUAAUAAAAUUGACGAUGAUAACAAAAAUGGAGAAGAUAACAAAAUUGACGAUGAUAACAAAAAUGGAGAAGAUAACAAAAAUGGAGAUGAUAAUAAUAAUAAAGAAUGUGGAAAUAUAACAUCGUGUAAUUUAAAAUCCUUUGAAAAUUACAAAAAUAUAUAUCCCAAUUUUUAUACGUUUAAUACCAAUGAUAAUAAAAAUGUUCAUUUAGAGGGAUAUAAAAAAAUAGGAAAUAAUUCGUGUGAACAAAAUUUUGAUUAUACAAAAUAUAAAGCAUAUCCUCAUAAUAUUAAUAAUAUGAACUAUAAUAAUUAUACAAAUGACAUAGAAAAUUAUUCUUCUCAAAAAUUGUUUGAUCCUACUAUGAACUUGGAUGUAGAUUUAUUAAACGAGGAAGAUACAAAUGAGCACAUAAACCGUUUAAAAAAUAUAGUAACACAAAGAUCAUAUAAUAAAAACGACGAAACAUAUAUAUGGAAUGAUAAAAGGUAUAUUACAAAUGGUAAUAUAGCUGCUCCUUUUUUUGUUAAUAAUAAUGAUAUGAUAUUAUCACCUCAUUAUAAUCAUAACAACAAUUUUAAUAAAACUUCUAAAGAAAUGAAUAAAACAAAAAUGACCAAGGAAAAAAACGCAAAAUUAAAUUUAAGACAAUAUUCAGAAAUGGGAAAUAAAACUAUGAACAUAGAUAAACUUUUAGAAAUUACUGAUGAAAAAUCUGACAUUUUAAAAAAAAUAAAAAAUUUUAUUUCGAAUGAAUUACAAAAUAAUGAAAAACAAAAUUAUUCAAACAAAAAAAAUAAUUUAUAUUCUAAUAUAUCUAUAACAUCUAAUGGAAACAACAACAAUAAUAAUAAUAAUAAUAAUAAUCAUAUGUAUAGAAAGAGUACCUUAUUAAAUGAACAUAUCACAGCAACUACAUUUAAUGGUGUCCUCCCCGAUUUUGCUAAUGACAUCUACAUUCAUGAUAAUAAUUAUCAUAAUGAUAAUGAUGAUAAGGAUAAUAAUCAUAAUUAUGAUUAUAAUUAUAAUUAUAAAUAUGAUUGUAAUCAUAACAAUAGGAACAACGAUGGAUUUAUGAAUGAUCAUAAUAUUGAUACGAUUAAUAGUGAUCUUUACAAAUAUAAAAAAGAUAUUAAUAAUGAUCAAAAUAUAUGGAAUAAUAAUCAUAAUAAUCAUAAUAAUAACUUUAACAAAUACUCGUACCCAAUAACAUCACAUGAUUUGAUGAACCAUCAAAAAAAUAAAGACUUUUUCAUUAUGUCGAAAUCGGUUAAUUUAAGUAGCUUAAAUUAA